UUGCGCCUUGUGAUCACAGAGAAUAUGGUCACGCAACAUUGAGUAUCAUAAAGCAUCAAGAUCAUCCGUUUGCCAAUAAGUUGUUCGAUGGUCUUGAGAAUGAUAUUCAGGUUUGGAUGAGUCAUGGAGAUCAACUUGAUAGAGCACCCGAUGGUUUUAAGGUCAUCGGUCGUACCUUAACUUCUCCAUUCGCCGUUAUCGUUCACGAAGAAAAAUACUUGUUUGGAAUGCAAUUUCAUCCAGAAGUUACUCAUACACCUCAUGGAAAAGAUAUCUUAAAAAAUUUUGUUACCAGUGUUUGUGGAUGUCAGACAAAUUGGACGAUGGAAUCAUUCAUUGAUAAAGAGAUUGAAAGAAUUCGUCAAAUAGUUGGUCCAAAUGGGCAGGUUGUUGGUGCAGUUAGUGGUGGUGUAGAUAGUACUGUAGCGGCUAAGCUGAUGAAAGAAGCCAUAGGAGACAGAUUUCAUGCAGUACUUGUCGAUAAUGGUGUGAUGAGACUUAAUGAAUGUCAAACUGUCAAGAAACAGCUUGGUGAUCAUCUUGGUAUUAAUCUCAAAGUUGUAGAUGCUUCCAAUAAAUUCUUAGAUCGUCUUAAGGGGGUGACAGAUCCGGAAAAAAAACGAAAAAUAAUCGGCAAUACAUUUAUUGAAGUAUUUGAAUCUGAGGCUGCAAAAAUUGACCUAGAAACUAAAGAAAGUGGACAUGGAAAUAUUGAGUAUCUUCUUCAAGGCACUCUUUAUCCAGAUGUUAUAGAAAGCAUUUCAUUUAAAGGCCCAAGUGCUACAAUUAAAACUCAUCACCUUGGUAAAAUUCUAAAUAUAGACGAAGAUUUAAUUUGGCGGCAUCCUUUUCCCGGACCGGGAAUUGCUAUUCGUAUAUUAGGAGAA